AUGGCGAAUCAAGAAUGGUGGCAGAAGUAUCAAGGCUUGAUACUUAGUGCAGGAAUUUUCUAUGAGUCUGAAAAUUGGAUGCCUAUAACUCAAAAAUCUGAUAGAGCUUAUGGCGAUCUUGUCACUUAUAGGUUUCACGUUUCAGAGCCUAAAGCACUGGUUUUUAUAUUUCACGGCUCCUUUUCAGCAGCUAGCUAUCAUACUUAUUUGGCAAGCAGACUAUAUCAAGAUGGCUUUGCAGUUUUCGCAAUAGAUCAGCUAGGUCACGGAAAAAGUUCAGGGCCAAGAGGGCUGAUUCUAGAUCUUGAGGCUACUUAUACAAGCCAUAUUGAGUAUAUUGAAAAAGUGAGGGCUUUGUAUCCUGAAAAUCCACCUAUUUUUCUUGCUGGAGAAAGUUUGGGAGGGACUAUUGCUUUAAGCAUUGCUUUAAAGAUCCCAAAUCUUAUUAAAGGGCUGAUCCUUUAUGCUCCAGGAAUCAGUAAUGGGCCUAAACUGUCCUCAUGUAAUAUAAAAAUAAUGAGAUUUCUAACCUGGUGCAAGCCAAGCAUAACUAUCCCCAAAAUGAGCUCAGAUCUCUUUUCAAGGAACCCUGCCCAUGGAAGCUGAUGGGAUGAUAACCCUGAUUGUUAUUCAGGAGCAAUAGAAAUGAGAAGCAUUCUUACUAUGGUAGACGCAUUAAAUAAGCUCAGCAGGCAGCUUUAUGGCUUAACAACCCCAUUUAUAUAUUUUCAAGGAGGAAAAGAUCAGUCCUGUGAUCCUGGUCAUGCCCGAGAUUUUGUGAGCAGCUGUGCAGUUGAGAACAAAGAAUUCGUGUUUUAUGAAGAAAUGUAUCAUGCGAUUGGAAAUGAGCCUGAAUUUCCGGAGAUAGUCGAUAAAACUCUAAGAUGGAUGAAUGAUAGGAUUUAA